AGUUCAAGUUGAAACGGCGAGAAGAUCGGUAGUAUACUUUAAAUAAACCUCGCAUUAUAGGGAACGUGUGCUUAAAGAAAAAAUAAAAUAAAUAUCUACCACCAUUGUAUUUUUGUAUAGAAAACAAAAGACAAACAAGAAUUGCUGCAGACAACUAAAAGCUGCUUUAAAUAUGUUUGGUAAAUUUUUAAUUUAGAAUAAACAAAUACAAAAAAAAAGUAAAAACAAUUUGCAAGCGAAACUCGGUGGCAAACACUCUAUGCAACCACCAUUUCUAGUGGCAGCAGCAACGCCAUCAUCAUUAUUGUGAACGUCAUCUGACGUGUAUAACCAGCAGCAGUUUAAGUAGCAUCAGACAUACAUAUUUAUUUGCAACAGUAGACAGGAAACGUAUUUUAAAGUGCAGCGGUGCAUGAAAAAGUGCAUUCGUUAAACGUAAAAACAAAAAACAACGUCCAACAAAAAGACAAAACAAAAUCAACAAACAGAAACAGUAAAUUAAAAUUUAAUGCUUUAAAACGUGAUUUAAACAAAAAAAAAAUAAUAAUUGAAAAUUCACUCCAACACACAAAUUAUCUCAUUUCUACUCUAUGGCUUAAACAAAUUAGUUAAAUAAUUAAUAAAUAUUUAGAAUUAAGCUUAAAAACACAACAAUUUCUACAACUUCUGAGAAGUUUUUACUAACAGAGACUAAACUAAAAGAAGGAUAGGAUACAUACAUCUACUGUUUGAUCUUCUUUAAAUUAUUUGUGAUUUGUAAUCUCAAACACAUACCACCAAGAUGGCAGUGUUUGGUAUGGUUUCGGCCGUAUCCGGCUUUAUAAAAAUACGAUAUUUAUUGGAUAAAGCGGUAAUAGAUAAUAUGGUAUUUCGUUGCCAUUAUAGAAUAACAACAGCUAUAUUAUUUGUUUGCUGCAUUAUAGUAACAGCCAACAAUUUAAUUGGUGAUCCCAUUUCGUGCAUUAAUGAUGGUUCAAUACCCAUGCAUGUCAUCAAUACAUUCUGCUGGAUUACAUACACUUUCACUAUACCGGGACAACAGCACAGGCAGAUUGGCACCGAUGUUGCCAGUCAUGGUUUGGGCAAUGAGUUUGGCCAGGAGAAAAGAUAUCACAGCUAUUAUCAGUGGGUGCCUUUUGUGCUAUUUUUCCAGGGUCUCAUGUUUUAUAUACCUCAUUGGAUUUGGAAAAAUCUUGAGGAUGGCAAAAUGCGCAUGAUUACCGAUGGCUUACGUGGCAUGGUCACCAUACCCGAAGAUUAUCGCAAAGAUCGUCAACACCGCAUUAUUAAAUAUUUGAUUGAUAGUUUAAAUUCUCAUGCCGGUUAUUCGUUUGCCUAUUUCUUGUGUGAAGCUUUGAAUUUUGUCAAUGUUAUUAUCAAUAUUUUCUUGGUGGAUAAAUUCUUGGGUGGUGCUUUCAUGACCUACGGUACUGAUGUCAUUAAAUUCUCAAAUAUGGAUCAGGAGAAACGUUUCGAUCCAAUGAUUGAGAUAUUCCCUAGAUUGACGAAAUGCACCUUCCAUAAGUUUGGCCCCGGUGGUUCACCACAGAGACACGACACUUUGUGUGUGUUGGCUUUGAAUAUUUUGAAUGAGAAAAUCUAUAUAUUCUUGUGGUUCUGGUUUAUCAUUUUAUCUAUAAUUUCUGGUGUUGCUUUGAUUUACUCCUUUAUGGUGGUUACUAUGCCCACAACACGUGAAACAAUACUUAAGCGUUCUUAUCGUUCCGGCAGAAACAAGGAAAUUGCCAGUUUGGUCAGACGUUUGGAUAUUGGUGACUUUUUACUUUUACAUUUUCUGGGACAAAAUGUCAAUACAAAAUCCUACAAUGAAAUGAUACAAGAAUUAUGCAAUCUCUUGGGUAGCUCAAGGACACCUUCGGCACCAUCAACACUGGAAAUGAAUCCCAUGAAUCCUAUAUAUCCACAAGUAGUAGAUACAUUUGGUAAAGAGGCAUUUGGCAAAGAAACCGAAACAUAAAUAUAUGUUGAAUAAUUUCUACCCACACAAGCAUACACAACAACAAAUUAUUCUAAAGCAAAAAAAAAAAAACAAAAAA